AUGGCCUCAGCAGCAAACAGGGGUCUGCUGCUGGUGCGGCAGACGCCAUUCCCGUUCCUUUUGCUGAUUUUAUUAUGGCUUGAAGGUGAGGACAGCUAUAUGAAGUUGGGUUUCUGCCACGCUGUAUCGACAACACAGGAUGCGUUGAUUGAUGGUGUCGAUACUUCUGUAUCCCUUGAACAGCAGGCCCAGCAGCAGCCGCGUUUAUCCCCGAAGAGGCACGUGAUUUCGGUGGAUGAACUUCUCUCUGAGGUACAGGGCACGCACUGGGAGCCGCUGGAUGUGCUGCUUGCGCGCGGAGCCUCCCAGGGAGCCCUCGCCAAGGUCGUGCACGAGAAGCGGCAGAAGAACCUCUCUGCUUUAGCAGCAACAGCUGCAAAAGACGCUCUUGAGAUCUGUCAAGCAGAUGGAGAGGCGGAGGCGUGCAAAACGGCUAAGGCUCAUGCGAAGGAGGCUGCUUCCGCUCGAGACUCGAACGCAGAAGACUCUACCUCCAGCAGCAGCGGUGAGCUCCGCAGCAUCAGGGAGGUCUCAGCAGUGGAGCAGUCGGCAGACGCUUCCUCCUCCAUGGUCGAGGUUAGCAGCAUCGGCUCUUUCUGGGAUACCCUGUUCGGAGGGGCUGGUGCUGGAAAUGCAGAAAACUUUGAAGGAGGCAACCAAGGCUCCUAUUUUAACUUUAUGUACCCCUCGGAUACCGACUAUCCGUGGGCUUGCGUGUGUGAUGAGGGGCAGUACACCCAGUGGGUAAACAAGCAGGUGCAGUACGUCUCAUGCCGCAAUCAGGUGGACUUGUCUUCCCAAAAUGCUGUUGCCAUGUGCAACCCACAAAAUCACAAGAUCAACGCUGCAACAAUGGCCUCGGGAUCCCGUGCUGCGGCAGUCGCUGCCAUCGCUGCGGCAGCGGCUCUGGCCUUUGUUGCGUUGUAG